AUGUCACCAUCAUGGAGGAUCGUCAUGGGGUCCGGAGUUUCAUACAAGGAUGCCAUCAAGCGUGAUUUCGAGUCCGACAACCGAGUCACAGAAGUCAUUGAUGUCGGUUCCAAAGAAUCCAGCGACAAGACAGCCUACCCGUUACGAGCUGCCGCCGCCGCCAGAAUGGUUGCUGAAGGCAAAGCCGAUCGUGCACUGCUCAUCUGCGGAACUGGACUGGGAGUUGCGAUUGCCGCAAACAAGGUCAAGGGAAUCCGAGCCGUAACCGCACAUGACAGCUUCAGCGUGGAGCGCAGCGUGCUCAGCAACAACGCCCAGGUGUUGUGUAUGGGCGAGCGUGUGGUCGGGCUUGAACUAGCCCGAAGGCUGGCAAAGGAGUGGCUCGGGUAUGAAUUUGACACGAAGAGCGCGAGUGCGAAGAAGGUUGAUGAAAUUACGAACCUGGAGGCUUAA